CCUCCUCUUGCUUGACUAGUCUCUUUGCGAUGGCUGCUCAUCGACCCACGCUGUCGUCAACGUCCUCUUACGAUUCACUUCACGACCCGUUCGCAGAAGGCGCUUCAUCACGUCAACCCUCGCGCCAGCCAUCCCCUCAACCGCCUUUCGCCCCUCAAGCACCUUACGGUCAACCGAAUGAUAGCAGCGCGAUCUUAUGGCCGGGUUCAGACCACGAAGCCGACAUAGACGAAGAAUUAGAGGAAAAGCAACCGUUGACAGCGCGUCCUGGGUUUAGUGGUGGAUUUUACCCUCCCCAAGGAUAUCCAAACCCGAGCGAGUUUGGAAUCCCUCCUCGCCCAGGUUCCCUGGUGUCCACCGCGUCUAUGGGCGUGGAGUCGGCUUGGAGACGCCGACAGACCAUCAAGCGCGGUGUCACCAAGAAGGUGAAGCUUGUGAAUGGCAAUUUUAUCACCGAAUAUCCCGUGCCAUCUCCUGUGUACCAGGCCGUUCAGGCCAAGUACAGGUCAAGCAUUCAAACGACCGAAUUCUCUCAUAUGCGGUACACCGCAGCUACUUGUGAUCCGGAUGACUUCACCGAGGCGAACGGAUGGUCACUUCGGACGAAAUUGUACAAUCGUGAGACCGAACUUCUCAUCGCUGUCACCUCGUAUAACGAGGACAAGGCGCUUUAUGCGAGGACUUUGCACGGUGUCAUGCUUAAUAUCCGCGACAUCUGCAAGACCAAGGCUUCGAAGUACUGGAGGAGGAACGCCGAGGAGGGCAACCCGGGCUGGCAGAAGAUCACUGUCGCGCUCAUUGUUGAUGGUCUCGAGGCCAUGGACAAGACUGUCCUUGACAUUCUGUCCGCUGUGGGCGUCUAUCAAGAUGGUGUGAUGAAGAAACAGGUGGAUGGCAAGGAUACGGUGGCCCAUAUCUUUGAGUAUACGACCCAGAUAUCCAUUGAUACGACGCCCGCCCUCGUCCUGCCUCACGAGGAUGAUGCCAACAACCUGGUUCCGGUUCAGAUCAUAUUCGUUCUGAAGGCAAAGAACCAGAAAAAGAUCAACUCGCACCGAUGGUUGUUCAACGCGAUUGGGAAAAUUCUCAACCCCGAAAUAUGCGUCCUCAUCGACGCAGGGACCAAGCCAGGCCAUAAGAGUAUCUAUUACCUCUGGGAGGCGUUUUACAACGACAAGAACCUGGGUGGUUGCUGUGGCGAGAUCCACGCUCAAAUCAACCACGGCACGAAACUUUUGAACCCCUUGGUCGCAGCGCAAAAUUUCGAGUACAAGAUGUCCAAUAUAUUGGAUAAGCCUCUGGAAAGCAGCUUCGGCUAUGUUUCUGUCUUGCCGGGUGCUUUCUCUGCCUACCGAUUCCGUGCCAUCGAGGGGCGCCCUCUCGAACAAUACUUCCACGGCGACCACUCGCUCGCGGAUCGCUUGGGGCCGAAGGGUAUCUACGGAAUGAACAUUUUCACGAAGAACAUGUUCUUGGCUGAGGAUCGUAUUCUUUGUUUCGAGCUUGUCGCGAAGGCCGGAGCCCAAUGGAAAUUGACCUAUGUUAAGCCCUCCAAGGCAGAGACCGAUGUGCCGGAGAGUGCUGCGGAGCUCAUUGGACAGCGUCGUCGGUGGUUGAACGGGUCAUUUGCUGCUUCCGUUUACGCUAUUGUCAACUUUGCAAGGUUCUAUCAAUCCGGUCACGGCAUCAUCCGCAUGUUCUUCUUCCACGUCCAAGCAAUAUACAACGUCGCUUCCCUUAUCUUCUCCUGGUUCUCUCUGGCGAAUCUUUGGUUGACCUUCAGUAUCAUCAUUGACCUCUGGCCCGACGCGACUUUCGGGACUAAAAACGGCACCAGGACUCCGACCAGCACAGAGAAUACUAUCCUCGAAGUGCUUGCUUGGGUGAACUUCGCAUUGAAGUGUAUAUAUCUCGCAUUCCUCGCCCUUCAGUUCGUGCUGGCUCUAGGAAACCGACCCAAAGGUGAACGGGGCCUUUACACCACUACAUUGGUCGUCUACGCCUUGCUAGCCAUCUAUCUCAUCAUCGCUUCCUGGGUCCUCACAAUACAAGCGUUGAUAAACAUACCAAGCUUAUUAGCGCAAGAUCACAGUACAAGUGAGGUCAUCGGCACAUUACUCGGUGGCACGGUCGGCACUCUACUUGCUGCCAUGCUAAGUACCCUUGGAAUCUAUUUGAUUUCCUCCAUCAUCUAUGGUGACCCGUGGCACAUGAUCUCGUCUUUCCCUCAAUACCUUUGCAUCGCCCCAAGCUUCGUCAAUGUUCUCAACGUCUACGCCUUCUGUAACUUGCACGAUGUCAGUUGGGGUACAAAGGGUUCCGACAAGGCCGAAGCUCUCCCCUCGGUCUCGUCAUCGAAGCAGAAAGGAACAGACGCUCCCGUCGUCGAAGACACUCUGCGCAAGCAGGAAGACCUCAACGCCAUCUUCCAGGAGACCGUCACCCGUGCCGUUACGAAGAUCGACGUUGUUGAAAAGCCGGAAAAGCCGACCAUGGACGACGAGAACAAGACGUUCCGUACGCGUUUGGUUGCCUUCUGGAUGCUCAGUAAUGCUGUACUGGCCGUCGCCAUCGAGAACAUAAACGGUGUCGUGGCUUCGACCGAUCCGGACGUUGUGAAGCAGCGAGCACAGGAGUUGAGGGCGAAGCAGAACGAGUAUUUCAAGGUCAUUCUGUGGUCGACGUUCGCUUUGACGGCGGUUCGGUUCGUUGGGUUCUCCUGGUAUGUUACGAAGCGCAACAUCUUCAGAUGCUGCAGGCGAUCGUAAAAGACUCUCGCGGGUCUCAACUGUAUCACACUUUCUUGUUGUUCUUUACCAUGAUUCGCUUUGGGACAUUUGGCCGGACGAUAAUGUAUCACGCUACGUACGCUCUUCGUUCUCUCUUGCUUUGACUUCGACGGACAUCUACUAGCUAUUUAUCCCCUCAUGCAUCUAUACCACCAGCUUAUAUUCGGUUUCGAUGACUGUCUUUCUAUCUAAUGCAUUCCACAUGAACGCUUUGUGCAAAUUCUGACUGCUUCUGUUUUCGAGGUGUAGUGCCUAUAUGGUGCCACCCACCACAGCUUUCUUCGUCCCAGGUCGUUCGCUUGUAUGGCCUUCAUCCGCCGCUUCAGGCGCAUCGUAUACUUUUCUGAAUCUG